AUGGAUGUGCCAGGACGUAAAGCUUCUAAUUUAGAAGAUUCAAUGUUAAAAGGUUCUGCAGAGGAUUUCGACCACAAAUGUGAUCCUUGUCUCACAGAUGAUCAACAUGUUGAAGCUCAUGGAUUUUGUUUGGACUGUCAUGAAUAUCUUUGCAAAAAUUGCUUUAAGUUUCACCAGAGGACCAAAGCUCUUAAGCAUCAUGUGCUGCUGGACAAAGAUAGUAUGACGAAGGUGGGAAUUUCAACCGCUGUUUCAACUUCAGAGGUUUUCACAGAAAGAUGUUCAACUCAUAAAAACGAAGUCAUCAAAUUUUACUGUCCGACACAUGAGGCGCUAGGCUGUACUGACUGCAUUACAAUGGAUCAUAGGGCAUGUAAAAUUGACUACAUUCCUGAUAAGUGUGCUGGUAUUGGAGACAGUGUGGAAUAUAGGGACAUCCUUAAGAAACUAGACCAGACAAUAACAGUUGCACAUGAUGUUAAGAAAAGAGCGGAAGUCAGAGACAAAGAGAUAGACGCACAGUAUGAAAAUGUUACCGAGAAUAUAGCUAAAUUUCGCAAAGAAAUAAAUGAUCGCUUAGACCAACUUCAAACGAAAGUAAAUGAGAUGACUAAUAAAAGGAGAUCCAAAGACAAACACGCAGUUAAGAUGGUUCUCGAAAAAUGCAUUAACAUUUCAUCUGAUGUUAAGACAUUUCAGACUAGUCUGCAAAAUAGCAAGUCAACAAAUCAGAAUGGACAACUAUACAUCACCAUUAAACAAGCUAAAUCGGAGCUUAAAUCAGACGCACUUGAACUGAUUGAGCAGUCGUUAGGCGAAGUUAAUGUACAGUUCGAAUUUGAACGAGAUAUCCACGGUAAAGUGCUGAAUGAAAUAGAUCUUAAAAAAGAGGGGUUUGAAGACAAGACAUGCAUUGCAUAUAGUAAGAAUUCUGAUCUUAUAUACAUUAGUUUCUCUCGUAGCAGCAAUAUUAUUGGUGUCACAUCGAAUGGGGAAAUAUCUGCCGCGUAUCAGGACAGUAACCUAAAAGGACCGCAAGGAAUUGUAGUACUGGAUGAUGGAUCAUUGCUGGUGUGUACCAACUCAUUUCACACAAUUCAUCGUAUCACGGGAGACUUAAAGGAAUGUCACACGUUGGAUGUAGAUGUAAAACAAACAUAUUCUAUCUGUUACAAUAACCAACAAAAGAAAGUCUAUACAGGCUCGUUCAGCAAUGAUCUGUUGAAGGUAUUCAGUCUGAAGUAA